CUACCCCUACCGAGUCGCACCUGAACCAUCCCAAGGUGGUGUCCACCCCCCCCCAUUCCCCCAUACCAUUGCUAUCUCGAAUCAAGCUCUUCUUUUCUCCCUCCGCCUAGAAGACCGAAAGGCAAGAUGGCGUCUGAAAGCGAUGCUGGCAACCAGCAAAAAUACGAAAGAACUCAGCAACAACCUGAGAACCCGUUUGCAAGCCUGAUUCCGGACCAGAGAAUCGCCAUCGUCCCGAGCUUCACUCUCGAGUCUGGCGUCACCCUGCGGAAUGUGCCGGUAGCAUAUACCACGCGAGGCAGUCUGUCACCCGAUGCAGACAAUGCUAUGGUGAUAUGCCACGCCUUGACCGGCUCGGCUGACGUCGCUGAUUGGUGGGGUCCUCUGCUCGGCGGCCCCGGCCGAGCAUUUGAUACCUCGAGAUUCUUCGUAGUCUGUAUGAACAGCUUAGGCAGCCCUUAUGGCACAGCGAGUCCGGUGACGGCUAAGGAUGGUGACCCGAGCAAUGAGAGAUACGGACCCGAGUUCCCCCUCACCACGAUCAGGGACGAUGUGAACUUGCAUAAACUGCUUUUAGACGAUUUAGGGGUGCGCCAGGUAGCCGCUGUCAUUGGCGGUUCUAUGGGGGGCAUGCUCGUCCUCGAAUGGGCGUAUUUCGGCAAGGACUACGUCCGGAGCAUUGUGCCGAUCGCCACUUCGAGUCGGCAUAGCGCUUGGGGUAUAAGCUGGGGCGAGGCUCAACGACAAAGCAUAUACGCAGACCCGAAAUACGAUGAUGGAUAUUACUCCUUCUCCGACCCGCCGUCCACAGGCUUAGGGGCCGCCCGCAUGUCAGCACUUCUGACUUAUCGCAGCCGGAACUCCUUCGAGGCUCGGUUCGGGCGCAAUAUCCCGGACCCGACUAGACGCCAAACCAUCCGGGAGAGGCCUCCGCCGAGCACCCCAUCCGAAGCGCAUUUUCAUAUUCACAACGACGGGCACAAGACAAAGCGGUCGUCGUGGCAUAACAGCAGCGCGGACAAGCAGCAGCAACCGGCGCCCAACAGGUCCGACCCGAGUAGCGGCGACGGAGCCAACGGUGAAUCGCUCGACCCUCAAUUCUCGGGUCCCAAGACGGAAAGCUCGACGAAAGGAGAGUCGCUGCCGACGACGACAUAUUUUUCGGCCCAGUCAUAUCUCCGCUACCAAGGCGAGAAGUUCGUCAAGCGCUUCGACAGCAACUGCUACAUCGCCAUCACGAGGAAGCUAGACACGCACGACGUCUCGCGGUACCGCGCCAGCAGCGUCGCCGAGGCGCUCGCCCUCAUCGAGCAGCCUACACUGGUCUUAGGGAUCGAGAGCGACGGGCUCUUCACGUUCGCUGAGCAGCAGGAGCUGGCGGAACAUAUCAAGGGCGCUAGGCUCGAGAAGAUAGACAGCCAGGAAGGCCACGACGCCUUCUUGCUGCAAUUCGAGCAGGUCAACCGAUACAUCUUGGAAUUUCUGAAGGAGACGCUACCGGACAUUAUGGCUCGAGAGGGCGAGCACGUGGAAGCAGCUAGCGUCGGUCAGUUGACUAAAUCGAGCACCUUCGGAGAGGCUGAAGUGGAAGACAUUACGGCGUGGUAGGGACGGAUAGGUAUAGGUACUAUGAGAGGUAUGUAGUCAAUGCGCACCUCGUACAUACAUGGCCCAAACAAGAUGGCCCGACAAUUAUUAGAACACGGCUAUGUAAACCCGGGAUUUGCGAGACGGACUAAACUGGGUGACUCGUACGGCGUACGG